AAUGAUGCAUCCUGUUGCCAGUAGCAACUCCCCUUUCUGCGGGACUGGAAAAACAUCUUGCCUUAAUGAUGACAAUGGGACACCCACCGAUCAGUUUGAUUUAUAUUCCACACAGCAACCCAAGUAUAGCCACACAGUCGGGCACAAGCCAAUACCAUGCCAGAGACAAGAUGCAUUAAAUGAACCACAUUUGCAGACCACAAGUAGCAGAAAUUUAGAGACAAAAGAUGAACUAAAAAAAAAGAAAAAUCUCAACAGAUCUGGAAAACGUGGAAGGCCUUCGGGGACAACAAAAUCAGCGGGGUACAGAACGAGCACAGGUAGACCACUUGGGACCACCAAAGCAGCUGGAUUUAAGACAAGUCCAGGUAGACCCUUGGGUACAACUAAAGCUGCAGGUUAUAAAGUCAGCCCGGGUAGACCUCCUGGUAGUAUUAAAGCUCUAUCACGGCUUCCAAAUCUAAGUUAUACUUGUAGCAGUGCGGCUUUUCCUUACUCUGUGGUGCAUAACAGAGGAGUACAUGCUACUGGUGAAACAAGUAGCAAAAUCAAACAACCCACUGAAUAAACAUGUAUAGGUUGAUAAUAUUUCUUCAGUAAUCAUUUUUAAAUUAUCUUGAGUUGUGGCAUGUUUUUUCACUUCUUUUGUAACUUUUUCACAACUUCCUUUCCUUUUUUAAAAAAAAUAUGGCAUAUCAUAAACAUACAAUGUUUCUUUGUACAAGUGAAAUUCUCAGUGAUGCGCUUGUGUAUUUUCAAAAGUAAUUGCAAAUAUUCUGAGUGACAGAUAAUAUUGUCUAGUCAUUUUAGUUAAGGAGCUAUUACUUCAGAUAGCAUAUUUCCAGCUCCUUGAUUUUUGAAGAUUGCAAAAGAUUAAAACAAAUCAGAAUAGACUAAUAGAAACCAAUCAUUCAGGACUGUCUUAUAAGUAAUAGUAGUUCUAUAAAUUUUGCAAUGUAUAUGAUUAUUUUUUUCUUUCUUUAAAUAGGAAUGAGUAGAAAUGAAUUUUUCCACAAUUGCUGGAAUUUAACACGGACCUCAGAACUUGUAGAUAUGUCAAAACUUUGAAGCUAUAUUUUUAGGAAGUUAUCAUUCCAGGCAGCCAUUCAUUGAAGUGCUAUCAGUUACAAAUAAUUCAAAUAUUUUGUUGAAGACAUAGUUUGUAUGCAGCACCUGAUCUAUAAUCUAAGUGCUACUUUUCCAUUACAGUAUGGUAUCUCUCUCUCUUGGAAGUGCAAACUCUUGCACACUUGAGUUCUGGUUUAUAAGGCCUAAGACUAUACACACCAAAUUAUAAAUAAUAAAAUAUCAGAAUUUUUUUAUAAAUAAGUUCUUAAAAGUGCUAUCAAAUUUGCAGUUAAUAAACAUAAUGAAGGUUAUCUCUGAAAUUUUGUUCUCUUAUUAGUCUAAUUAAUUUGAGUGAUAUAUAGCAUAAGCAAAGUUGUAGAAUUGCCCUGUAUUUUUCAAAAUCUGUCAAGAAACAAGUUCAAAAUGACUUUAUAAUAUCUGCAUAGCUGGCAGCAUUUUUUAAAAAAUAAAAUAAAAUAAAAAUAUUUGGUAUAAUUGAAAAUUAUACUUUUCAGAUACUUGAUCUUCCCAUUUUUAAAAUAAUUUUGUUAGUACAAAACAUCUGGAGCUAAGUGAGCAUAUAUUUACCAAAGGAAGACAUUUCAUGGUUCAUAAUUGGAAAUGGUACAGAUGAUGCAUAAGCAAGUUUUCAUUUGAUGUAUUUAUAGAUACCCAGAUAUCUAACAGAAUUUAGGAAUAUAUCUAUGCAUGGAGGUGCAGAAUGAUAAAUACAAUUUCUGAUUUUUGUGCACCUAAAAUAAAUGUUCUGCAUUGAGCUGGGUAUGUGUUAUUAUUUUUAAGAUUGUAUAUGAGUGUGUACGUAUGUAUGUAUGUAUGAGACAAAAAGGGGGAAAGAGAGAAAAAGAAAAGCUAUAUCUACAGUAUUACACAAAUUGCAUUGUAAUUGACCAGAAAACACUCAAUAUUAAAUAAAUUUCAAAAUUUCUUUUGAACUAAAGCUAUUCGAAAACUAAGUUUACGUUUAGUUCAUUCUUAAAUGUUUAUGUUCAGAUUCACUUGAGAGAGGUUGUAAAUAUUUGCAACUUUCAUUUGGGAUAGAUCUCUUUCACAUCAAGUACAACAGUAUUGAAUUUUUUCUUGUAAGAUCAAUAUUGUAGCCUGCUGACGUUCUGACGACAGCUCUGAUUUCAGUAAUGACAACUUAAGAAAUGGAUGUCAUUUCAUGUCUGUUUUAUCAGGAAAAAAGCAGCAAGCCUUCAGGUAUUCCAGUGAUGCCUAACUCAUAAUGAGCUGGACUUUAUCCUCUAUUUUAUAACAGAAUGUUGAAUUGCUUUGAGGGGACUUUGUAUGCACUGGCAACCAUGAACCUCAACAGUACUGGAAGGCUUUUUAGUCAUGUAAACUAAGGCAGCUAAACUGCUACUAAAUUGUUUUGUCUUAUUUUGCUAAAGCUAUGAAGCUUAUGUUUCCUUGAGAAACUUUGGAAUUAUCAGUUUUUUACUUUUUUUCACAGAGGUGCAACUUUCGACACACAGUGCUAAUAUGAGCUAAUUCUCCCUCAGGACAUAUAUUGUACUGUCUGUUUUGUUACACUCCCCACCCCUCCCCCAAAGCUGCUUGGAGAGCAGCUGAAUGUAAAAUCUAAAAAAAAAAUAGUAUACUCUUACAGCAAGAUACUAAUUUAUCUUAUGCCAGAAGUGUAUUUUUAAUCAACUAGAUUUCUUACCUCCUGUUUUUCUCAUGCUACCUUUUUUUAACUCCUCACAAAUGAGUCUGUUUGAUGAAUCAGUGUAUUGGGAGGUAAGGCAGAUGCAUUAUUGUUCUAAUGUGAUGAAUUAUGUAUUCUGAGAAAAUAUAUGCUAAGAAAACAAGCAAUUUAUGUUUAUCUAUAAAGCUUAUUAAUUAUAUCUGAUGGAAAACACAUCCAUUAAAAAGACUAGUUAAAAUAGGCAGAAAGGAGAGCACUGUUGGACAUUCUUGAUUCCAAUUGAUUUUACCUUCCACUGCAGUUCAUAAGGGCCAUGAUGGUAAAAACAGAAGUCAGCGAUUUGAGAUGUUUGAAUGAUAAAUUCAAAUAUUUUUGCUACCGCUAUAUAUAGUCUUCUGAAUACAUUGUGCUUUUUUGGUACAUUAUCUCUUGUCAUGAUAAACACUGCAACAGCAUGUUAAUUCCUAUGCUUUGUUAUUACUGGGAAGAAAGAGUAUCCUUUCUUUCGAUAGUAUUGAUACAUGAUUUGUAAAGCAAAUGAUAAUUUUAUAUUCUAUAAAUUAAUUGUACUCUACAUAAGCUAGGAUUGUUAAUGUGUAUUCACACUGCUCAAAACAUCUACAUGUUGUGCUUUAUCUUUCUUUUGGUUAAAUAUAGAUAUUUGUUGUAUCUUUUGAUAAAUAAGCAUUAAUAGGGACCUAUACUACUUAAAAGACAGAAAAAAAUGCUGUUUACUUUCUAACUAACUUUACAUAAACUAUAGAACCAAAUAAUUUUUACUACUAUUUUUUAAGUCUUGCACUGGAUAUGUUCAAAAUUAUCGUAUAAGUAGUACUUUCUAAAAAACGCUUUGUCUACUACACCAAGACUCACUUUUGUUUCCUAACGUUUUAAGGUUACUUAUUACUGAUUGGGAUCUUUGUUCAACAAUGGGCAAUUUUUAGGAAAUUACACAUUUUAUUUUGGUCUCACAAGAAAUCCAGGAAAGUAAUAUAUAUGGGUUGGGAAAUUCCAUGACCAACAAGGCAAGAGGGAUUGCUGUCAGGGCAUUAAAAAGAAUUUGAAAGGCAAAAACUUUCAGAAUGAGAACUCUACACUUACUCCCUAAGUUGCCAUUCUACUUUAUAUCACUGUACAUACAAUGCAGCAGCAUGUAGUUCACUACCUACAGUUGCUUGCAAUCAAAGCUUCUAGACUUGCUUAUACUCAAAUGCUUUUUAUUAUACAUAUAAUAAAUAUAGUUCAUUAUUAUAAUGAAAAUAUUAGAACAAGCCCUUCCUUUUGGUCUCCUUUCCCAAACAGAUAAAUUUAAGUUCUGCAAUGUGUACCCAAUUUCAUCUUGAAAAUUAUGAUAGCAUAACAUUUUUAAAAAAUAUAUAUAUUUAAAUACUGUAGGCUAUUUUAAGAUUUUCACGUUCACGAUUUGCUUUUCCAUGGACAGGUUAUUUUAUUAGAAAAAAACCAUUAAUACCAUCAUCCUGUCUUCUGGUGUAAAAAGUCUGAUUAGGUAAUUGUGUUUGUUCUUACAUCCAUGAACCUCAGCUACUCAUGUGCAAUUGUCUGUAUGGGAAUGGAGUAGUAUUCAUGAACUGUACUUAUGUCAUCAUUUGGAUGUAUAUUUAUUAAUAAAGUAAUUACUUUAAACACAAAA